AUGAAGAAGUCUCAAACUCUACCACAAACUCCUGAGAGCGAUUACGAGGGCACUCAAAGACAAAGCAUCGUAAUUCCUUCCAAACACAUCACCAUAGCAAAUAGCUUCGAAAAGAAAGAACACUCCUGGUUUAUCACUUCUCAUGUCCCAACAGACCUAACAAUUCAAGUUCAAGAUGUCACCUUUAACGUUCACAAGUAUCCCUUGAUAUCAAAAUGUGGCUACAUUGGUCGAUUGGAAUUUCAGCCUUCAAUUUCAAAUUUUGGCUAUGACCUCAAGCUUGAAAGCUUCCCAGCUGGAUCAGAAACCUUUGAAAUCAUUUUAAAAUUUUGUUAUGGUCUUCCAAUGGACUUGAACCCUAACAACAUAGCACCACUAAGAUGCGCCUCAGAAUUUCUAGAAAUGACAGAAGAUCUUCAAGAUGGAAAUCUCAUUUCUAAGACUGAAGCUUUUCUCACAUUUGUAGUCCUUUCUUCGUGGAAAGACACCAUUACUGUACUUAAAUCUUGUGAAACUCUAUCUCCAUGGGCUGAAAAUCUUCAAAUUGUCAGAAGGUGCUGUAACUCAAUUGCUUGGAAGACUUCCAGAGUAAACAUUGUCGGAGAUACAGACUGUCAAGAAGGCUGGUGGUUUAAUGAAGUGGCUACCUUUCGAAUAGAUCAUUUCAUGAGGAUUAUAACAGCAAUAAAGGCAAAGAGUACAAGACCAGAAGUUAUAGGUAAAUGUAUCAUGCACUAUGCAGAGAGAUGGUUGACAGGCAUGCAUGUGGAGUUUGAAGGACUAAGAGGAUACGGGUUCGGAAAAAAUGACCUCCAGUUCAGUGUAUUGAGUAGGUGUAAAGAGGAUGGGGGUUACGUACACAGCAAGGAGCAAAAAGCAAUUAUUGAAAGCCUAGUGAGCGUACUUCCUCCUCAAAAUGAAGCUGUUUCAUGUAAGUUCUUAUUGAGGAUGUUAAAGAUGGCCAUGCUGUACUCUGCAUCACCAGCUUUGAUUUCAGAGCUUGAAAAGAGAGUGGGGAUGAUGUUAGAAGAUGCCAAUGUGAAUGAUCUGUUGAUUCCUAGUUGCAAUAAUGCAGAUCAAGGGAAACUAGUUAAGAUUGUGGAAUAUUUCUUGAUGCAUGAGCAGCAAGGACAGCAACAGAAGACUGCUAGAAUCAAUGUUAGUAAGCUGUUAGACAACUACCUAGCAGAGAUUGCCGAAGACCCAAACCUCUCCAUAACCAAGUUUCAAAUAUUGGCUGAAUUACUGCCAGAAAAUGCAAGGACAUGUGAUGAUGGUCUCUACAGAGCCAUUGAUACCUACCUCAAGACCCAUCCUUCACUACCUGAGCAUAACCGGAGAAGGCUAUGUAGAAUAAUGAACUGUGAUAAACUAUCGCUUGACGCAUGCAUGCACGCUGCACAAAAUGAUCGACUGCCUAUGAGAACUAUUGUCCAGGUAAAUGUGCAGGUGCUUUUCUCAGAACAAGUAAAGAUGAGGACAGCGAUGCAAGAAAAAGAAUCACAAAGUGGCAAUAACUCUGAACAGGAAGGGAACCACUCAUCAACAGAUGCAGAGAUUAAGAAUCUAAAAGCAGAACUUGAGGAUGUAAAGAUAAAGAUGGCAGAGCUGCAGAGUGACUACUCUGAGCUGCAGCAAGAGUAUGAAAGGAUAGGCAGCAAGCAAAGGAAUGUGUCGGGUUGGAGUUUGGGAUGGAGAAAAAUUAAGAACUCCUUCCAUGCAAAAGUUGAGGGCAAUGAAACUGGAGAAGGCCAACAAAGACCCAACCCAGCUGGCAGAAGACCCCCCUCCAGACGAAGGUCAUCCAUGUCCUAAAUUAUAUUAAUCUAGGAAGCCAAGACA